AUGGAAUGGUCCCAGCCCGAAAUUAAAGGUGAUUUGGUGACUUCAAGGGCAGGUCAUGCUGGUGUCACCAUUGAUGAAAACUGGUACAUAGUUGGUGGUGGAGAUAAUAAAAGUGGUGCCACAGAAACUCUCAUGUUAAAUAUGUCUAAGCUUGCCUUGUCAGUCUUGACAAGUAUAAAGGGAAGAGAUCCGUUAGCCAGUGAGGGGCUCAGUGUCUGCUCAGCACUUGUGGAGAGCGAGAAUAUUUUGGUUGCCUUUGGUGGCUACAACGGAAAAUAUAAUAAUGAGGUAUUUGUUAUGAGGCCCAAACCAAGGGACUCUGCACAACCCAAGAUUUUUCAAUCACCAGCUGCCGCAGCAGCAGCAGCUUCUGUUACUGCUGCAUAUGCCCUAACCAAAUCUGAAAAGUUGGACUUUACCCACCUAGAAGAUUCAAAUCCUAAGUUAGUCCAAGUUAAUAGCUUCCAGCGGGAUCUUUCAGCUGAAAUCAAUGCAAUUAGAGAGGAGAAAAAGGUGUUGGAAUCAUCACUUGCUGAAGUCAAAUCAGAAAAUUCUGAUCUCAUGGCUAAGAUUGAUGAAACUAAGAAUACUUAUGCUGAAUUGUCCAAGGAACUCCAAUCUGUUCAAGGGCAACUGGUAGCUGAGAGAUCAAGAUGUGCUAAACUGGAGGCACAGAUCUCAGAGCUACAGAAGACGCUGGAGUCAAUGCCGUCCAUAGAGCAAGAGGUUCAAUUACUCCGGAGACAGAAAUCUGCAUUGGAACGUGAUAUGGAGCGUGCUGCACCAGUCCAGAGACAAAGUUCUGGUGGUGUUUGGAGGUGGAUAGGUGGAUAG